AUCCAAUGAAGAUUGGUUCCAGAGGUUUUGUAAGGAUAAACUCUUAAAUUCGAUACUAUUCAAGCUUAAAUUAAAAAUUAUUAAUGUAUCUGAACUACUUACUGAUAAAUAUUAUAAAAUUACAAAAACUAGUUCUGGAGGUUUUAAGAAG